AUGUCGUUUGCUGUGGGAAAGUUCAUUUGGAGCCAUCGAAUAUCACAGCUAGGCAAAACAUGCCUGCAAUCCUCGAUAUGCCCUCGUUUGCAUAGAAUUGCAUCACAGUCCUAUGCCGGUAGUGUUGCUGGCGGACACAGUUGGUGGAAUCAACGAACGUUUAGCUCCGGAACAGCUGCCGGGAAAGGAGUACCGGUGCAGAAGGAAGAACACUGUAAUGUUGGUACAAUAGGUCAUGUAGAUCAUGGCAAAACGACACUCACAGCAGCAAUCACCAAGGUACUGUCGAAGGACGGCAAUACCAGUUUCGUGUCCUACGAUCAGAUCGAUCGAGCUCCUGAGGAAAAAGCAAGAGGGAUAACGAUUAACGCCGCCCACAUCGGUUACAAAACGAGCAAGCGACACUAUGCUCACACGGACUGUCCGGGCCAUGCCGAUUACGUGAAGAACAUGAUCUCCGGUGCAUCGCAAAUGGACGGUGCGAUACUGGUCGUCGCCGCUACGGAUGGUCAAAUGCCACAAACACGGGAACAUCUGCUGCUAGCUCGCCAAGUUGGCGUCAGCAAAAUUGUCGUGUUCAUCAACAAAGCGGACCAGGUUGAUAACGAGGUGCUAGAAUUGGUGGAAAUUGAGCUUCGCGAGCUGUUGAGCGAUUUUGGCUUCGAUGGUGUGGAAAGUCCAAUAAUCGUUGGUUCAGCACUGCUCGCUCUCCAAGGCGAUCAAACGGAACUGGGCGAACCUUCCAUACGGAAGUUGCUGGAUGCGAUCGAUACGUACAUUCCCACGCCAACGCGAGACUUGACCUCCCCAUUUUUACUUCCGAUUGAUAACGCAUUUACUGUACCCGGUCGUGGUACGGUUGUGGUGGGAACACUAGCCCGUGGUACGAUGCGUAAAAACGACGAAGCGGAAUUGUUGGGAUUCGAUGAGGAAAUACGUACAACCGUUGGUGGUAUGCAGGUAUUCAAAAAAGACGUUAAUGAAGCAAAAGCAGGCGAUAACAUCGGUGCGCUACUACGGAGCGUUAAGCUACAGUCCGUUCAGCGUGGUAUGCUGCUGUGCGCUGCCGGAAGUGAACGUGUGUCCAACCAUUUCGAUGCAUCCAUGUACUUGCUGGCGAAAAACGAAGGAGGCCGCUCGAAACCACUAACUUCGAAGUACAUUCAGCAGCUGUUUAGCAAAACGUGGAACGUCCCAUGCCGUGUGGACUUGGUCGGGCAGGACAUGCUGAUGCCGGGGGAUCAUGGCGCGAUUAAGCUAACGUUGCUUAGGAAAAUGGUCAUGUCCUGCGGGCAAUCGUUUACUGUGCGAGAAAAUGGUAAGACCGUUGCGACCGGACUGGUAACGAAGGUGCUUAAUCCGGUCAAUUUACCACAGAAGAAGCUGAUCAAGCUGGAGCUGGAAAAUUGUUAAUU